UUUCUGUGUAACCUUCGGAAGCGUAUUAUUUUUAUUCUCGGAAUUUUUCGAUUUGAACAACGCACUGCAGACAGCAUCAAAUAAAACUGGACAAUGUUUACAUCAGCAACCCAGGCAGUAUAUACAACACCUGUUCCUGUACCAGAGGAUCCAGCAGGCAACAUCAAAGAUGAUUGUAGAUUAUGGAUUGGAAAUUUGGAUACUAGACUGACAGAGUACACAUUGUUAAAGCUUCUACAAAAGUUUGGAGAAUUGAAAAGAUUUGAUUUUCUUCUUAACAAACUAGGACCAGAAAAAGGAAAACCCAGAGGAUACUGUUUUGUUAGUUAUGAAAAUAGAAAGGAUGCUGAGAAGGCGAAGAGGAAUAUGCAUGGUAAACUGGCAUUGUCCAAAAGACUAGUAGUCAAAUGGGCACAUGUAGAAACAGAGAGUACACAGCAAGACAUAAGAGUACCUGGUAGCAAUACAGGUGUAUAUCCUACUGGCAGCACUGAUAGUCAGAUACAAGCCAUAGAAGACAAGUUAAGAAAGAUGGAAGAAUCAUCAUCAGAAUUCACAAUUUCUACAAAACCUGUAGCCCAACCAGGAAGUAGUCAAUUAUAUCAAAUGAACGCUGCCAAACAAGAACAAAUCAAGAAACCAUACAGCCGCAAAAAGUGAUCUCAUCAUGGUAUUUUGAUGUCUGAAAAAAAAUCAAACUUGGUUGCAAAGUUGAUGGUAUGCUACCAUACAUGGAAUUGCUCCAGUAUCAAUGUCCAAUGAGCAUUUGUUGUCCCAAGGAGGCUGUGUUGUACUGCAAAUAACUAUAUAUAGAAGAAACGUACACUGAUAAGGAGGACUAGAAAUUUUAAAACAUUAAUUGUGAAAUAUAUAAAAGAUUGUUUUGUUUCAAAUUUCACAUUAACACAAUGCAUUGUGUCUUAUUUUAGAUAAAGAUGAAAAGAAU